GAAAAAGUUUUUAAAUUUGUAACAAAGUUUAUUCACCCCCCCUCUAGACUUUGUAUCUCACCACUUUGGGACCACCAAUUGGUAUCGGAGCAAACUUCUCACUAUCUACGUUUAGAUUAACGAGAAGCGAUCAUAAUGGUGAACAAUAUGGAUCACGGUUUGCCCAAGUUUUCUCUUCUAGGUUAUGAUGAUUGCAAGAUCAUGAUGGAAGCACAUCUCUAUGCUCUACAUGAUUGCAUGUGGAUGGUGCUUGAGGAUGGACCCUUGAAAAUCAAAAUGGAGAAUCCUGAGAGGAAUCCAGAAGCUCCUGAUGUAGUCCAGUACAUUCCAAAGCCCAAAGAAAAAUGGGAUGAUAGAGAUUGCAAAAAUCACAAUCUGGACAACGUCGCCAAAGCAGCCAUUUUCAAGACACUUGAUCUCAUCACCUUCUCCAAGAUCAAGCAUCUCAAGACUGCCAUGGAGAUAUGACAAGGUCUUGGGAAGCUAUGUGAGGGA